UAGAUUUGUUUCCUCAUACUAUUGUACCUGAAGUAAAUACGUACAGACAUAUUUAUACAGCGUUAUAGAAACACAUGGGUUGAACAUUAUGGAUAUAUUAGUGUCUUUGUUCUUAAUGCUAGUUUUGUUGUGGGAACUUUCAGUAUGCAACAGGGAUGGUCAUUUUAGUUCUGUUUCGAACCAUUCCCUAUUUUCCAACUGCAAUAAAACGGAAGCUGUUAUAACGGGACACCACAUCAGCUUCAGUCCCAACCCCGUAGUCCUUCAUCCAGACCCGCAUAAUGUAGAAGUGGGCCCCACCCUGUCUGUAAAUGGCAGCUUCACCAUUACAAGAGUGGUGGCAAACGAGACGAGAGUGGAGCUCUUGAACUCAGUGUUGAUAGAGUCUACCGAUGGCUACACAGAGCUUUGCUACAUUUUACCGUGGGAUGUUUGUCAUGUGACAGACAUCUGCGAUCUUCUUGAUAGAAAAAAUAUAUCAUAUUGCCCUGUGAAUGUGACGGAAUUAGAAGGCGAUGCACGUGUGCCAUGGAACUGCAAAUGCCCUUUGCCAAUGGGCAAAUAUCAGAUACCACAUAUAAAAUGGACAUUCGGCACCCAGCCUUUCAGACUGAAAGGCCAUUUCAAGGUCGACAUCAAUAUCAAGGAAAAUGCAUUGAACAUUGGGUGUUUCAGUUUCGAGUUCUCAUUUAAGAAAGGGGAGCAGUUAUCUGGAGCAUUUGGACUUAAUUAAUAUGUUUGCACUCCUUUGAUCAGGAAAAGAAGAAAGUGUAUCUUGACUCUACUUCUUUUCUCUAAAUUGUAAACGUCUCGUAAUGAAACGGUUUGUAAGAAGGCAUGAAGUUGAUGGAUAAAAGACGAAUGAAUAUUCAAUUAAACAAAACGCAAUCAUCGUUGUAGUUGUUUCAAUGAUCAUUUUCAGUGUGUUUGUGGCCAUGCAUACCUGUAUUGUCUACGACCACCUCUAGUUAUGUAUCUGUAGUGUGUUACGACCAUCUCUAGUUGGUUGUCUCUAUUGUGCCACGACCACCUGUAGAUGGUAGUUUAUGUUGUAUUACGACCAUAUUUAGUUAGUUGUCUGUAAUGUGCUACGACCACCUCUAGUUGGUUGCCUGUAUUGUGCUACGACAUAUAGUUGGUUGUCCGUAUUGUCUACGAUCACCUCUCGUUUGUUGUCUGUAUUUUCUACGACCACCUCUAGCAAGUUGUCCGUAUUGUCUACGACCACCUGUAGUUUGUUGUCUGUAUUGUCUACGACCACCUCUAGUUGGUUGUCUGUCUAUAUUGUGCUACGACCACCUCUUAUUUGUUGUCCGUAUUGUCUACGCCCAUCUCUAGUUGGUUUUCUAUAUUGUCAACGACCAUAUUUAGUUGGUUGUCCGUAUUGUCUAAGACCACCUAUAGUUUGUUGUCUGUAUUAUCUACGCCCACAUAUAGUUGGUUGUCUAUAUUGUGCUACGACCACCUCUAAUUUUUUGUUUGUAUUGCGCUACGACCACCUAUACUAAGUAAUUAAUAUUGUAUUACGACCACAUCUAGUUAUUUGUCUGUAUUUUGCUACGAUCACCUCUAGUUGGUUGUCUGUAUUGUCUACGAACACCUAUAGUUGGUUGUCUGUAUUAUCUACGACCACUUCUAGAUGGUUGUCUGUAUUGUCUACGGCCACCUCUAGUUGGUUGUCUGUAUUUUAUUACGACCACAUUUAGUUAGUUGUCUGUAAUGCCUCCGAGCAUCUCUUGUGGGUUGUCUGUAUUGUCUACGACCACUUCUAGUUGGUAGUCUACAUUGUGACUCGAACACCUCUAGUUGGUUGUCUGUCUUGUGCUACGACGACCAGUAAUAGGUUGCAUGAACUUUUAUACGACCACCACUCCUUAUUCAUCAGUAUUGUGCUAAAACUGCCUCUAAUUGUUUAUCUGUAUUCUGUUACAACCACUUCUAGUGUUUUUAUUACUGUGCUACAACCACAUCUAGUUGGUUGUCUGUAUUGUGCUACGGACACAUCUAGUUGGUAUUCCCUAUUGUGCUACGACCAUCUUUAGUUGGAUACCUAUAUUGUGCUUAGACCACCUCUUGUUGGUUAUCUGUAUUGUGCUACGACCACAUGUAGUUAGUCGUCUAUACUGUGUUACGACCACAUCUAGUUGUUUGUCUGUAUUGUGCUACGACCACACGUAGUUGGUCGUCUAUACUGUGUUACGACCACAUCUAGUUGGUUGUCUGUAUUGUAUUACGACCACAUGUAGUUGGUCGUAUAUACUGUGUUACGACAACAUCUAGUUGGUUGUCUGUAUAGUGCUACGACCACAUCUAGUUGGUUGUUUGUAUUGUGCUACGACCACAUCUAGUUGGUUGUCCGUAGUGUGCUACUAUCACAUCUAGUGGGUUGUCGGUAUUGUGCUACGACCAUCUCCAGUUUUAAAUCUCCACAUAAAUAAAUCCACAUGAAACAUU